AUGGCAGCUGGCGGCUCAAUCCGAGUGAGCCGCAGCGGGCGCUACACGGUCCUGGAGACAGACUUUGGGCUGAGCGUGUCCUACGACACGGACCACUCAGUGGAGGUGAAGGUGCCCUCCACCUACUCCAGCCGGACCUGCGGCAUGUGCGGGAACUUCAACGGGCGCAGAGACGACGAGUACAUGAAGCCGGACGGACAGCAAGCUGCCAACUCCAACGAGCUGGGAGAGAGCUGGAAAGUGGAGGACGGCGACCCCUCCUGCAGUAUCCCGCCCCCCACCGCCACACCUCCCCCGCCGUGCACUGCAGAGCAGGAGAGGCUCUACCAGAGCGCGCAGUACUGCGGCAUAAUGACCAGCCAGGUGGGGGCCUUUGUGGCCUGUCACUCGGUGAUCAACCCCGAGAGCUUCGCGGAAAGCUGCGUGUUUGACCUGUGUGCCCUGAACGGCAGCCAGCAGCAGCUGUGUGGCGCUCUGGAGGCCUACGCGGCUGCCUGUCAGGGGGCCGGGGUGAUGCUGCCUCGCUGGAGAAACACCACCUUCUGCCCACUCCCGUGCCCUGGCAACAGUCAUUACAAUCCAUACACCAGUGCUUGUCCUGCCACCUGCUUCGACCCCAUGGCCCCAAGCAACUGCAGCAAGCCCUGCGUGGAGGGCUGCGAGUGCAACACCGGCUUCGUUCUCAGCGGGGAGCAGUGCGUCCCCAUCAGGGACUGUGGCUGCCUCCAUCAGGGCAAAUAUUAUAAGAAAGACGAAACCUUCUGGCAAACCGACUGCAAGGGCAAAUGCACGUGCGCUGAGAACGGCACUGUCACUUGCAGUAACGAGACGUGUGAAGCGGACCGCAUCUGCAAGGUGCAGAAGGGAAUCCUGGGAUGCUACCCGCCAGACACCGCCACCUGCCACAUCUACGGGGACCCUCACUACGUCACCUUUGACGGGAGACUCUACCACUUCCAAGGCGAAUGCAAUUAUACCGUCGUCCAGCCCUGCGACAAUUCUUCCGAGCCGUUCUCUGUGACCACCAGAAAUGAACACAGAGGAAGCCCGGCCUGGACGGCGCUGAACUCUGUUUCUGUCACCCUGAAAAACGUUCACGUUGCUUUGAGGAAAAACAAAGAGGUCCAAGUGAAUGGAAUUCGAGUGGCUCUUCCCGUGAAUCUUCCUCCUGGGAUUUCAGUUGCUCUGCAGGGAGCCUAUGUGGUGGUUGACACCCCCGUCGGCAUUCAGGUCAAGUUUGAUGGUGACCACGAGCUUUUUGUUCGUGCUGACGAGCGUCUCAGGGGGCAGCUGUGUGGUCUGUGCGGCACCUACACGGAGAAUCAGCUGGACGACUUCCUGAAGCCAGACCACCGCCUAGAACAGGAUUCAACUAAGUUUGGUGACAGCUGGCAAGUGAAGAAUGACAACUGGACCUGCGGGCCCACGCCUGUCCCACCAGCCUGCAACCCCGUGCAAGAGAGGAAGUAUGAAGAGCUGUGCAAAAUCAUUGUGGCCAGCAGCGGGCCUUUUGUAUCAUGCCAUUGGUCCACUCCCCCUCAGCAGUACUUUGAGAGCUGUGUCUAUGACCUGUGUGCCACGGGAGGGGACAUGGAGCAGUUCUGCAAAGUCCUGGGAGCGUACGCUGCCGCCUGCGAACUUGGAGGGGUGAGCCUGGGUGACUGGAGAAAGGACACCGUGUGUGAGUCCUGCGUGGCGGAGGGAGACCCUCACUACCUCACCUUUGACAAGCAAAUGCACCACUUCAUGGGGAACUGCACCUACACCCUGUCCAAGCUGUGCGCGCCCAACAGCACGCUGCCCAACUUCAACGUGGAGGCCACCAAUGAGUACCGCGGAGGCUACACGCACGUGUCCUACGUCCGCGACGUGGCGGUGGAUGUGUACGGCCACAGGAUCACUUUAGAGCAGGGCAGAGUGGUGACGGUGGACGGGAAGCGGGAGAUUCUACCCUUGGAGCCAUCCACAGGUCUGACAGUCUCCUCCAGCGGCAUGUACGUGGUGGUGACCACAGAUUUCGGCCUGAGAGUGAGAUUUGAUGGGAACCAUCGCGUGGAGGUGACGCUGCCGAUCACGUUCAAAGGACAGGUGUGCGGGAUGUGCGGGAACUACAACGAGAACCCAGCGGACGACUUCCUGAAUCCCCAGGGCGGGAUGGAGCCGGACUCGACCAGCGCCAGGUCCCCAACCACAGCAGCUGUAGAUAAGCCCCCUAUAUGCAACCAGACCACCCAGCAGCUGAUUGGGAGCAGUCAAUUCUGCGGGCUCCUCAAGGAGGGGACCGGCCCGUUCAAGCAGUGCCACGGUGUGCUCCGCCCUGACGCAUACUUCAACAACUGUGCCUACGACCUGUGUGCGCUGCAACUGGAGCCCGGGGCCCUGUGCCGGAGCCUGCAGUCGUACGCGGACGCCUGCCAGUCCCUGGGAGUCACCAUCGAUGCCUGGAGGAACGCCACCUUCUGCCCGAUCCAGUGUCCUGCCAACAGUCACUACGAGCCAUGUAUGACCGCCUGCCCCGCAACCUGUGCCCGUCCCCUAGCUCCAUCCACUUGCGGCCGACCGUGUCUGGAAGGGUGUGUGUGCGACAGCGGGUACCUGCUCUACAAUGACCGGUGUGUCCCCAGUGGGCAGUGCGGGUGCUGGCACGAAGACCGUCACUACCCUGUUGGCUCUGAGUUCUGGACUGACGAUACCUGCUCCAAGAAAUGCAGAUGCCCCGCUGCAGGCAGCAAGCCGAUGUGUGCUGUGGCCUCCUGCCCCCGGGACUAUUACUGCGGGGUGCAGAACGGCAUCCCUGGCUGCUACCCCCACACCUACGGCAUCUGCCGAGUGCACAACGACCCGCACUACAACACUUUUGACAAGGCAACUCACCACUUCAUGGGCACCUGCACCUACACGCGGGCCAAGGUGUGUGGCAGCAACAGCACCCUGCCCCUCUUCAACGUGGAGGCCAAGAAUGAGCAUCGCGGGAACCCCUGGGUGUCCUACGUGCAGAGGGUGCGAGUCGAGGUCUACGGGCUGCGCAUAGACAUCGUGAGGAACCAUCGCAGCCGAGUGCUGCCGUUGACUGGCGGCUCUCCCACUGAGUCCUUUAUGCCCAAAGCUGCUGUAUUUCCCUUUGUCAAGGGCCCAGAGACCCAGUAUGACCGAGUGAAUGGAGAGUGGACAACCCUCCCGGUGAGAACAGUGGGACGCUCUGUCCAAGUGAGCCGCAGCGGGCGCUACACGGUCCUGGAGACAGACUUUGGGCUGAGCGUGUCCUACGACACGGACCACUCAGUGGAGGUGAAGGUGCCCUCCACCUACUCCAGCCGGACCUGCGGCAUGUGCGGGAACUUCAACGGGCGCAGAGACGACGAGUACAUGAAGCCGGACGGACAGCAAGCUGCCAACUCCAACGAGCUGGGAGAGAGCUGGAAAGUGGAGGACGGCGACCCCUCCUGCAGUAUCCCGCCCCCCACCGCCACACCUCCCCCGCCGUGCACUGCAGAGCAGGAGAGGCUCUACCAGAGCGCGCAGUACUGCGGCAUGAUGAGCAGCCGACCAGGGGCCUUUACGGCCUGUCACUCGGUGAUCAACCCCGAGAGCUUCGUGGAGAGCUGCGUGUUUGACCUGUGUGCCCUGAACGGCAGCCAGCAGCAGCUGUGUGGCGCUCUGGAGGCCUACGCGGCUGCCUGUCAGGGGGCCGGGGUGAUGCUGCCUGCCUGGAGAAACGCCACCUUCUGCACUCCCGCGUGCCCGCUCAAUGCCCACUAUGAGUCCUGCGCCACUGGCUGCCCGGCCACGUGCGUGGACCGCCUGGCCCCCCAGAACUGCAGCAAGCCGUGCGUGGAGGGCUGCGUGUGUAACACCGGGUUUGUGCUCAGCGGAGGGGACUGCGUGCCGGAGGCCCGGUGCGGCUGCAUGUGGGACGGCAGAUACUACAGCGAAGGCCAGAUUGUGGUGACGGAGGACUGCACACGCCGGUGCGAGUGCCUGGGCAGCGGGCAGAUGAACUGCAGCGCCUUCUCCUGUGGUCCCGAGGAGGUCUGCAAGCUGCAGGAUGGCCAGCGCGGGUGCUUCAUUCCAGGGCCAGGAUCAACGACCAUGCCCACCCCCACAGACAUCUCCACCACCCUCUCCACCAGCAUCCCCCCUACUAUCUCUACCACUAUCUGGACUUCAACUCCAGAAACAGCUACCGCACUCCCCUUGACCAGUUCAGAUUCUUGCGUGGCGGAGGGAGACCCUCACUACCUCACCUUUGACAAGCAACUGCACCACUUCAUGGGGAACUGCACCUACACCCUGUCCAAGCUGUGCGCGCCCAACAGCACGCUGCCCAACUUCAACGUGGAGGCCACCAAUGAGUACCGCGGAGGCUACACGCACGUGUCCUACAUCCGCGACGUGGCGGUGGAUGUGUACAGCCACAGGAUCACUUUAGAGCAGGGCAGAGUGGUGACGCCAUCCACAGGUCUUACAGUCUCCUCCAGCGGCAUGUACGUGGUGGUGACCACAGAUUUCGGUCUGAGAGUGAGAUUUGAUGGGAACCAUCGCGUGGAAGUGACACUGCCAAGCUCCUUUAAAGCACAAGUGUGCGGGAUGUGUGGGAACUACAACGGGAAACCAGGGGAUGACUUCCUGAAUCCCCAGGGUGGGAUGGAGCUGGACUCGACCAGCCUGGGCAACAGCUGGCAGGUCUCCAACCACAGCAGUUGCCCUCCAGCUGUAGAUAAGCCCCCUAUAUGCAACCAGACCACCCAGCAGCUGAUUGGGAGCAGUCAAUUCUGCGGGCUCCUCAAGGAGGGGACCGGCCCGUUCAAGCAGUGCCACGGUGUGCUCCGCCCUGACGCAUACUUCAACAACUGUGCCUACGACCUGUGUGCGCUGCAACUGGAGCCCGGGGCCCUGUGCCGGAGCCUGCAGUCGUACGCGGACGCCUGCCAGUCCCUGGGAGUCACCAUCGAUGCCUGGAGGAACGCCACCUUCUGCCCAAUCCAGUGUCCUGCCAAUAGUCACUACGAGCCUUGUACGACCGCCUGCCCGCAAACCUGUGCCCGCCCCACGGCUCCAUCCACGUGCAGCCUGCCGUGUGUGGAAGGGUGUGUGUGCGACAGCGGUUACCUGCUCUACAAUGACCGGUGUGUCCCCAGCGGGCAGUGCGGGUGCUGGCAUGAAGACCGUCACUACCCAAUUGGCUCUGAGUUCUGGACCGACGAUACCUGCUCCAAGAAAUGCAGGUGCCCCGCUGCAGGCAGCAAGCUGACCUGUGCUGUGGCCUCCUGCCCUCCAGCCCAUUACUGUGGGUUGCAGAAUGGCGUGCCUGGCUGUUACCGCUACACCUACGGAGUCUGCCGAGUGCACAACGACCCGCACUACAACACAUUCGACAAGGUGACUCACCACUUCAUGGGCACCUGCACCUACACGCUGGCCAAGGUGUGUGGCAAUGACAGCGCCCUGCCCGUCUUCAACGUGGAGGCCAAGAAUGAGCAUCGCGGGAACCCCUGGGUGUCCUACGUGCAGAGGGUGCGAGUCGAAGUCUACGGGCUGCGCAUAGACAUCGUGAGGAACCAUCGCAACAGAGUCCUGGUGAAUGGAGAGUGGACAACCCUCCCGGUGAGAACAGUGGGACGCUCUGUCCAAGUGAGCCGCAGCGGGCGCUACACGGUCCUGGAGACAGACUUUGGGCUGAGCGUGUCCUACGACACGGACCACUCAGUGGAGGUGAAGGUGCCCUCCACCUACUCCAGCCGGACCUGCGGCAUGUGCGGGAACUUCAACGGGCGCAGAGACGACGAGUACAUGAAGCCGGACGGACAGCAAGCCGCCAACUCCAACGAGCUGGGAGAGAGCUGGAAAGUGGAGGACGGCGACCCCUCCUGCAGUAUCCCGCCCCCCACCGCCCCGCCUGCCCCGCCGUGCACUGCAGAGCAGGAGAGGCUCUACCAGAGCGCGCAGUACUGCGGCAUAAUGACCAGCCAGGUGGGGGCCUUUGUGGCCUGUCACUCGGUGAUCAACCCCGAGAGCUUCGCGGAAAGCUGCGUGUUUGACCUGUGUGCCCUGAACGGCAGCCAGCAGCAGCUGUGUGGCGCUCUGGAGGCCUACGCGGCUGCCUGUCAGGGGGCCGGGGUGAUGCUGCCUCGCUGGAGAAACACCACCUUCUGCCCACUCCCGUGCCCUGGCAACAGUCAUUACAAUCCAUACACCAGUGCUUGUCCUGCCACCUGCUUCGACCCCAUGGCCCCAAGCAACUGCAGCAAGCCCUGCGUGGAGGGCUGCGAGUGCAACACCGGCUUCGUUCUCAGCGGGGAGCAGUGCGUCCCCAUCAGGGACUGUGGCUGCCUCCAUCAGGGCAAAUAUUAUAAGAAAGACGAAACCUUCUGGCAAACCGACUGCAAGGGCAAAUGCACGUGCGCUGAGAACGGCACUGUCACUUGCAGUAACGAGACGUGUGAAGCGGACCGCAUCUGCAAGGUGCAGAAGGGAAUCCUGGGAUGCUACCCGCCAGACACCGCCACCUGCCACAUCUACGGGGACCCUCACUACGUCACCUUUGACGGGAGACUCUACCACUUCCAAGGCGAAUGCAAUUAUACCGUCGUCCAGCCCUGCGACAAUUCUUCCGAGCCGUUCUCUGUGACCACCAGAAAUGAACACAGAGGAAGCCCGGCCUGGACGGCGCUGAACUCUGUUUCUGUCACCCUGAAAAACGUUCACGUUGCUUUGAGGAAAAACAAAGAGGUCCAA